AUGGCGACGAACGGAUUCGUAAAAAGGGAGGGGAGGACGGAGAAGAAAGCAGAGAGGGGAGGACGGAGAAGAAGCCAGAGAGGGGAGCACGGAGAAGAAAGCAGAGAGGGGAGGACGGAGAAGAAGGCAGAGAGGGGAGGACGGAGAAGAAGCCAGAGAGGGGAGCAAGGAGAAGAAAGCAGAGAGGGGAGGACGGAGAAGAAGGCAGAGAGGGGAGGACGGAGAAGAAGGCAGAGAGGGGAGGACGGAGAAGAAAGCAGAGAGGGGAGGACGGAGAAGAAGGCAGAGAGGGGAGCACGGAGAAGAAAGCAGAGAGGGGAGGACGGAGAAGAAGGCAGAGAGGGGAGCACGGAGAAGAAGGCAGAGAGGGGAGCACGGAGAAGAAAGCAGAGAGGGGAGCACGGAGAAGAAGGCAGGGAAUGGAAGGCAGUGAAUAAAGCAGGGAUGGGAGGACGGAGAACAAGGCAGGGAGGGGAGGACGGAGAAGAAGGCAGGGAGUUGGGGGGUGGGGGAGGGGCGGAGAAGAAGGCAGGGUGGGGAUGA